AGAGUUGCGCAUGACUUGCUCGACCGUCGUUCACACAACUACUCCACGAGACCUCCAGGGCUUGUGCAUAUUCUUGACUUUUUUGGUCAUGACUACUCCACUACCUUUCUACCCUACUCAGACAAGUGGAGACUUCACAGGCGAAUCUUCCGUGAAGCAUUCCAUUUAAAAGCAGUAUCAUCCUUCCGUCCGAUUCAAAUGCGCAAUGCUCACAAUUUGAUACUAAACCUAAUAGCCUCUCCGGAGGUGUAUGGAACCCAUUUACACACCUUCAGCACGUCUACCAUCAUGUCAAUCAUGUAUGAUUAUGCUAUAGCGCCCGCUGAUGAUCCCUUCCUCGCGCUCGUUGAACGCUCACUUGAGAUAGAUAUAAAAUUCUUCAGGCCCGAGGUGGCAGCUGUUGCAACACAGUUCCCCAUAUUGGAAAAACUUCCUCUUUGGCUCCCUGGAGCGAGCUUUGUAAGCGAUGUUUAUGUUGGUCACGAAGUCUGCAGCACAGAGAAUAAUACCCAUAACGUAGCCACCACAAUUCGUAGUUCUGUGAACGUUAUUGAGCAACUGGAUCACAGCACGCGAAUCCCUAAGGAAGAGGGCCUUUAAACUUGUACCGGGUAGCGUGCGCUGUGUUUGUUGCCUGCAUGGAUGACGGUAUUUUUGGAGCAAUACCUUCAAAAUAUCAUGAGCACCUGGUGAACUCAGACGAAC